GUUUUUUUUCCCUUCUGUAUCAUCUUCUCCAAUCUCCAAUUUUCGGAGUAUCUUCUUGCAAUUGUUGGGGGUUUGAAAGGCUGUUUGUCGAUGGAGUCUGGAAGACUCAACAAGUUGCUCGUUGGGGGUUUCUCAAUGGACAUAACUGAAGAUGCACUGAGAGAACACUUUAGCAACUAUGGCGAAGUGGAAGAAUCUAUUAUCAUCAGUGACAAGAACACUGGUCUUUCAAAAAGGUUUGGUUUUAUUACCUUCACCAAUUCAUCAAUGACUGCAACGGCUCUCCAAGAAGAGCAUCUUAUCUUGGGCAGAAAGGUUGACGUGAGCUAUGCAAGAUCAAAGGUUAACAGAAACCAAGAACAGAGGAAUGGAUUGGUAAAUGAAGAUAGAAGCAAUAGUAGUAAGAACAACUCCAACAAAAACAAGAUUUUUGUGGGGGGAUUGCACCCUCACUUGCAAAAUGAAGAUUUGAAGGCAUACUUUGAGAAUUAUGGUAGAACUGAAGAUGCAUUUGUGGUGGUAAACAAAGAGAAUGGUCGAUCUAGGAGGUUUGGAUUCGUUACUUUUGAGUCAGAGGAGACUUUUGAGACUGUGUUGAGGGUGAAGUUCCAUGAAUUGAAAGGAAAACAUGUGGAAGUGAAGAGGGCUGAUCCUAGGGUUCUCCCUCCCCCUCAUAUUACCAAGGAACCUUCAAAUAGUCCCCCUAGCUUUAAGUUUUACAAAGACGUCUACAAUACUUACAGUCUUCCAUCCUGUUGGAGUUCUUGUGGUAUAGGGUUCUAUUAUCUUUGGUAUUAUCCUUACUUAUAUCCUGUAUAUUAUGGUGAUGCCCCUGUUCAUGGUUACAACAUCCAAGUGUAUGAUGAUUCUAGUGUUGGAAGCAGUCAGUGGGGUUCGAAUCAUUACAAUGCUGGUCCUGCAGAUGGGUACUUGAUUUGUGGCUUGUAACUGAUAUAAUCCAGAGGCAAGUGUGUGUGUGUGCGCCUUUUUUUUGGUUCUCAUUUUUUGUAUCUUUUUUAAUGUUAAGCGAAACUCUAAAUUGGGUCCCUCAACUAUUAGACAAACCUUUGAACCUGCCAAAACUGUUUUUUUCUUUUUUUUUUCUUUGUUCUUUAUGAGGCGUGCCGUUUGCUUUUUCAUGGCUGUUUGUUUCUUUCUUCUACUCUUUUUGCUUUUCCUUUUUAUUUUUGUGUGUAAUUUGGUCAAGUGUACGGUCUUGGUUAAGGAACAUAAUGGAAUUUAUGUAUCUGAUUAGGUUCUUUUAUUUGAAAUUUAAAGAAUUUGAAUUUGAGUCAUGAGGUUUAUUAAAAGGUUAAUUGAUCU